AUGCCCAGCGAACCAAGGAUUCCAUCUCCUGUGCCAGCUGUGUCAGAGGCUCACCUCAGCCCCUCACCCGCACCUUCAAGUGUGACCUGUGCACCUCCGCUUACUGAAGAUGACCAGAAUGGCGCUGCAGGGCCUCUACCACAUGCCUGUAAGACAAUCUCUGAGCAGGCGUCAAGUGGCUCAGGACCUCCACCGCCUGGCCCCGUAGAUAGGAGACUAACUGCAGUGCCCAUUCCGCGUCGCUCCACCUGUGGACGUCCGUCAACAACUAGAACUGGGCCUGGUAAGCCUCCCAAGGCACCUUGCCAUCGAACUCCGCUGGCUUCCUCCAUUUAUGACGGGCCCUUAGAGAAGGAAGUGUGGACCGGCUGCCCGUACAGUCCCCCUCCUCGCUGCUGGGAGACGAAGGAAGGCGCAGAAAGGCGGCGCCAGCUCCAAGCGCCAGGACAGCGCACAGCCCUAACCGGUGUCCCUGCGUCAUCUUGGUCUUCCACUGCUUCCUUCUUGAAGUAG